AUGGCAAACAAGAGAGCAGAAGCUUUGAUGUCGUCUUUGAAUUCAAAAGGUGAUGGAGUCGUCAAGGUUGAUGAACCAAGAACUAACAAGAUUGAAGUUGAUAAUGAUAUUGAUGAACCAACAAAGGGUGAGAAAUUGGCAGAAAUGUCACCCACAAAGCCACCUAAUGUUGAAUCUGCUCAUCUAAUGCUUAAACAAGCACUUCAGGCAGAGGAUGAUCGAUCCCUUCUGCUUCGAUGUUUAUAUACAGACAAUGGAAAGCUUAUUGUAGAUUCAAUUCCUCUCUUGAAUUCAUGCGAGCUCUCAAAACUUAUUGAGUUUCUCAUAGGUGUAUCGCGCGAGCUUGGUAUCUGA